AUGGCGCCCCAUAAAUCGACCACACGCUCUUCGGCAGCGAAUGUACCGGAAAAGACUCUGAGUGAUGGCGUGAAGAAACCAAAGCGCGGGUACAAGAAAUUUCGAAAUGGCCAGCUUAAUGUGACGCCGAAGGGGAAGUACAUCGAUAUAAUCCUGGAAAACGUAAAAUCACCGCUCUUGCGCUUGCCUGGUAAGAUAAGGAAUGCCAUCUGGGAGUAUGUGGUCGGCGGAACGACAUUCGACAUGCACGUCAAGUACCGCUACAAGGGCAGGUACGCGUGGCGCAUACCAGAUGCAAAGGCUGCCAACACAACGAAGAAUCAACUGAGCCUCCUCCGCGUCUGUCGCCAAAUCUACGCGGAAACCGCAAUUCUUCCCUUCAAGGUGAACGUCUUCAAGUUC